AUGGCGCGCGGACGGCGGCGCGGGGUCCGCGCAGCGUCAGGGCCCGGCCCGCGGCUCGGACGCGGGGCGCGCUCCCCGCCGCCGGCCGCGCCCCGCCCGGCCGCGCCGAGGUCCCCGCGCGCGCCCGCCCUGACCGGCUCCGGCUCCCGCCCGCGCCCCGGCAGUUGCCUCGCGGCCUACGGCCGCCCAUCCGCCGCUGGCCCAGGAGCGGGCGCGAAGGACGCAGGAUCGCCGGGCUGGCCUGAGUGCUCUGCCGUUUGGGGGCACCCGAGAGCCGGUGACGUCACCGGCAGCCCGCGGCGGGGGCGGAGCAAAACUGCGCACGCGCAGGACGGGCGGGGCGGGGCGCGCGGCGCGGGCGGGGGAAAGGGGUGGAGUUCGGGGGCGGAGCAAAUCCGGGUGCGCCGGACGUGGAGUCUACGCUCGCGCAGUCUCUCCAGUCACUGGCCCAGGCGCCGAGCGUCUCUCCCUGCGCUCCUGGCCAGAAAUUCCAACAGACGCGCCGGCUCUAAUCCCGGCACGGGCCUGGGUUUCGGCCAGUGGGCAGAUGGGAGCGCCUUCCCCCGGCAGGCGAGGGCACCUUCAGGAGUCCCCCGUCCCCACCUGCGCGUCGCGCCUUUAGGGGUUGGAGCAAGACAGUGUCCCGACCACGCCACGCCCCCGAACCCAAGAUCCGCCGCGGCGCACGGAAGUGUCUCCGAACUGGUCUCGGUCCUCCACUCUCUCCCGGAGGGUCUGGGUGCCCAGAGUCCGGAGGCCCCCGACUACUCUGGCGGGCUUCGAGGCGCUUCGCAGGAAUCUGAUGAUACUUAUGUCCGGCCUGUGACAGCGAGAGUCGGCCACUGCGCUCCGCAUCAGCCCCAAGCUCGUGCGCUUCCUGGUUCCUCGGGAAACCAGGUUCCUGAUCCAGGAAACUCGGACCGAGUGAAUGCAGGUGUUCGCGUGGGAGACAAAGGUCAGGGGGCCCUGAGAGCCUGGUUGACAUCAGUGGGAUCUUGGAUGUGCCAAGGUAGGAACAGGGACCAGUGGUUGAGAGUGGCUGAAGGGCCACACUGCAGCAGAGUCCCUAAGAGCCCAGGAUUGCUUCAGAGGAUGAGGGUGACUCCUGGGGAAAUGGAAUGCAGGCAACCACUCUUGGCCAAUCCAGGCCAAGUUCCAGAAAAGCGGGACCAGCCGCUAGGAGCCAGGAGAGCCAUGUGAGGGUCAGGGAAGAUGUCCUCGGAGU